AAUAUCUCCCUCUCUCUUCUUAUCUUUCACAGUUAAGGGCAGGGCACCCUACAAUUUCUUGCUAUCUUAUGAAUAUGAUGAUUCCAUUACCAUAUCACCACAACCUUCUGAAAGUGAAACUCUCUCUCAGCCAUAUCAAACAAACAUCAAAUUGAACUUGGUGCCGAGAAGAAUAUAUCACAUAACUCUCUCUUCUUCCAUUUUAACGCAACUAAAAGAAUGAGCCAGUGUGUUCCUAGCUGGGAUCUCGAUGACAAUCCCUCUCCUGCAAAUCAAACCCUUCGUUCCCAAUCCAACUCAGUCGCACCUGAUGUCCCUAUGUUUCAAUACGAAGUAGCUGAGCUAACAUGGGAGAACGGCCAGUUAGCCAUGCACGGAUUAGGUCCACCGCGAGUUCCUGCAAAACCCAUGGCCUCCACAUCUCCUUCCAAGUACACCAGCUGGGACAAGCCACGCGCCAAUGGAACCCUCGAAUCCAUAGUCAAUCAAGCUACUAGUUUGCCCCACCGUAAGCCUGGUUUGAAGAAUAGUGGAUGCGGAUCAGAAGAGAUUGUCCCAUGGUUCGAACACAAUCGUGCAGCAGUAGUGCCAGCCGCCUCCGCUACCAUGACUAUGGACGCCAUGGUCCCUUGUUCGAACCGGACCAAUGAACGUAGUGCCCAUGUGAUGGGCAACUGCGUGGUGGGUAGUUCCACUCGCGUGGGGUCGUGCAGCGGCCCAGCUGUCACUCAAGAUGAGGAGACUCCUCUCAACGGGAAACGGCAGAGGGUGGCGCGUGUCCCGGUGGCACCCGAGUGGAGCAGCCGGCAAAGCGUGAGUGGUAGCGCCACUGUUGGUAGAGAUAGCCAGAGAGACCUUGGUGUGGGUUUCACUUCGACUUCUUUUGGGUCUCAGGAAAACAACAGCAGCUCUAAGCCUGGAACCAAAACGACCGCCGCAGACGAGAAUGACUCAGUUUGUUACAGUAGACCUCAGAGGGAGGCAGGUGAUGAGGAGGAGGAGAAGAAAGGAAACGGGAAAUCCUCAGUUUCAACUAAGAGAAGUAGGGCUGCUGCUAUUCAUAACCAAUCCGAACGUAAAAGGAGAGAUAAGAUAAACCAAAGGAUGAAGACACUGCAGAAGCUGGUCCCAAAUUCCAGUAAGACGGACAAAGCGUCGAUGCUGGAUGAAGUGAUAGAAUAUCUGAAACAAUUGCAAGCGCAAGUACAAAUGAUGAAUAGAAUGAACAUGCAGCCAUUGAUUUUGCCAAUGGCAAUGCAACAGCAACUCCAAAUGUCAAUGUUGAACAUGGGCAUGGGUGUAGGAAUGGGAAUGGGUGUAAAUGUUAUGGAUAUGAACUCAGUUGCUCGACCCAACAUUGGUGGUCUCUCCCCAGUGCUUCACCCUACUCCUUUCAUACCCAUGGCUUCGUGGGAUGGCUCCGGUGACCGCUUACAAUCUUCUUCUAACACAGUUAUGCCGGAUCCACUGUCGGCAUUCCUUGCCUGCCAAUCACAGCCGAUACCCAUGGAUGCUUACAGUAGGAUGGCUGCAAUAUACCAGCAGCUACAACAGCAACCUCCUGCUUCUAACUCCAAGAACUGAUAAGCUAGGCCACAUAUAAAAAUCUGCCAAUAGCAGCAGAUCACAGACAAAUUAAUAUAAAUAUGUUUUGCUGCAAUAGCAUCUGUGGCUGUGUUCUAGCUCUUGUUGAUGGAUGCUCCUUUUUGGGUAAACAAUCGGUGCAACCUGAACCAGUACUGUAUUAUCAUUUUAAUUAUUUUUCCUAGUUUUCAUUCA